UUUUUAAAAGCUUAACAAAGAGAGAAGCUAUGGCAAGUAACACGCUUCCAGCUAAGGACCUAACCGAGGUUAAUGUUUCCAUCGACGACGUAUCAACGGCCGGUCCUCUAUGCAGCCUAUGCUUCUGCGAUUCGGUGAUCUACAACAUCAUCAUGCAUGCUGUCAUCAUCGGCACAGUUGUAUCGUUAUUCUAUCAUCUCCAGAAAAAUAACGAGUACUUUUCCAUGAUAUCAUUCCUAAUAUUGUCCCAAUUUGUGGCAUUUAUAUUCCAGCUUAUGUGCGUAAAAAACUGGCCUGAAGCUUUACUUUACGGAAGUUUGAGUCAUGUGUUUGGUGUUACUGCAAUAUUCUUACUACUUCGUCUAAUUUCUCCGGUCCUAGCCAUGAGAACGUGCAUACCAAUUCUUUCGUGGGUUGGAAUUACCUUCAUCUACCAAGCAAUUUCAUGCUGCUGUAAAGCUGUUGAACUCGAUAUGAAAGCUGAACGUGAUGCAGCAAAUCUUGUUUGAAUCUGAUAUUUUCUUUUGAAAUAUCUUUUGCUGCUUUUUAUCAAUGGUUUAUUUAUUCAUACUUUUUUUACUCUUAUCUAGCUUUGGUUAAAUUGAUUUAUAAGUUUCAUA